UCCAGCUGCAGGAGAGAAAACCUUCUGCUUGGAGCUGCUCAACCUGAAGCUUCACUCAGAGUCAAAAUGGCUUCCAGGUCCGAGGAGGAUCUCUGCUGUCCGGUCUGUCAGGAGGUCUUCAGAGAUCCUGUUCUUCUGUCAUGUAGCCACAGCUUCUGUAAAGUCUGUCUGAAGAACUGGUGGAGAGAGAAACCAACACAGGAGUGUCCUGUUUGUAGGAAGAGAUCUUCAAAUGUGGAUCCACCAGUUAAUCUGGCUCUGAAGAACCUCUGUGAGUCCUUCUUACAGGAGGAACAUCAGAGUCUUUCAGAGGCUCUCUGCAGUCUGCACUCUGAGAAACUCAGACUCUUCUGUCUGGACCAUCAGGAACCAGUUUGUCUCGUCUGCAGAGACUCAAAGAAACACACCGACCACAGAUUCAGACCCAUCGAUGAAGCUGCAGAGAAACACAGAGAGGAUCUGCUGAGAUCCCUGGAACCACUGAAGAAGAAACUGGAGGUCCAGAAGAAAGUUCAGUCUGAGUUUGAUCAGACAGCAGAACACGUGAAGGUCCAGGCCCGACUCACAGAGAGGCAGAUUAAGGAGCAGUUUAAGAAGCUUCACCAGUUUCUCACAGAGGAAGAGGAGGCCAGGCUGGCUGCUCUGAGGGAGGAAGAGGAGCAGAAGAGUGGGAUGAUGAAGGAGAAGAUGGAGGCUCUGAGCAGAGAGAUGGCAGCUCUUUCAGACACAGUCAGAGCCACAGAGGAGGAGCUGAGAGCUGAAGACGUCUCCUUCCUGCACAACUACAAGGCUGCGGUGGGAAGAGUCCAGCGCUGCUCCCUGCUGGAGGAUCCACAGCUGCCCUCAGGAGCUCUGAUAGACCAGGCCAAACAUCUGGGCAACCUGGCCUUCAACAUCUGGAACAACAUGAAGGACAUGGUCUCCUACACCCCCAUCAUCCUGGACCCAAACACCGCUGGUCCAGGACUUGUCCUGUCUGAAGAUCUGACCAGUGUGAGACGAAGAUACAACCAGCAGCUUCCUAAUAAUCCUGAGAGAUUAAAUUCACGGUUUUCUGUUUUGAGUUCUGAGGGUUUCAACUCAGGAAAUCACAGGUGGGUUGUUGAAGUUGGAGAAAGUGGAGAGUGGACACUUGGUGUGGUAGCAGAGUCAGCCCAGAGGAAGAGAGCCAUAUCAUCUGGAUUAUGGAGUUUGUGGUUCACUCGAGGUGAAUACAGAGCAUGGCCACCAGCAGCUCUUCCCAAAUAUCUCCCAGUUCAUAAAACGUUCCAGAGGAUCCGAAUGAAUCUGGACUGGAACAGAGGAAAGCUGUCGUUCUCUGAUCCUGAUACAAACACACACAUACACACCUUCACACACACCUUCACUGACAAGAUGUUUCCGUACAUUCAUACUGCAGUUCAACUAAAAAUACAACCAGAGGAGAUGUCAGUGGUCCAGCAGCAGCUCUGA